AUGGCGCUGACCAUUCCUUCUGGCGCGCGGGGUGCAGACCUGGCCACAGAGAACAUACUACCGUCCCAGCAGCUGUCUGCUACGACUACGACUACGACUACCACCAAGACUACCACGCCAGACGCUGCGCCGCAGAAAGCCUCCAGGCAGACGUCGCACCACCCAGACAGCCAGGGUCAGAGCCAGAGUCAACGCCAGAGUGCAGGGGAGGACGCCAGAGAAGAUAUAAGCCAGGAAGAGGAACAGGAACAGCCUCCCAAGACCAACACUCCCAGGCCCAAACCGCUCUCAACCAUGGCUGGCAGACCAGUUUCGCCUCUGCCCCUGGGCUCGCUCAGUCCCAGCCGGGCGUCCGUCUCUCCCCAUCGCGCCAGACAUGCCUACAUGACGCCGACCUCACCCAGCAGACAGCUCAGUCCGCACUCCCAGAUGCACUCGCCAGCCUCGUCCCAGAUCUUCGAGCGAGACGUCCAGGAGGACUUCCCCGUCCAGACGUCGCCUGCCAUCCCCUCCCACAUCGUCACCGAGAACCACAUCCCCCCAAUCCUCGAGGCCUCCUCUGCCGCCCUGACCGACGAGAGACUCGACCCGGACUCCGUCGAGAUCGUAACCCAUACUCUGCAUCAGCCUGCCUCUGCCGUUGUUGCGGCUGGCACGACAACAGCACCAUCGUCCGCCCAUCCAGGCGCUGUCGCCUCCUCCUUCCACGAGCACGCAUACUACCCACAGAGUCCCUGCGACCCUGAGACAGCCUCGACCUACGGUACCGGUCUCGACUCAGCGGAUAUCAGGCGUCUAAGUUUCGUCUCCUUUGCAGACCUCGUCCACGGCGAACAGGUCGAGUCCUACGAGCAUGCCGCAAACAGAGACUCCCAGAUCAUGGGCGGGCUUGCCGCGCUAGCCAACGCUCCAGCCAUGAACAACACCAGUAACUACAACAAUAGAUCUCCUUCGCCCAUGCGCUCGCCCAUAUCCUCUCACGGACCGGGAAGCUCUCCGCCCACCAGUGUCUCCCCCGGUGAGCCCAGAUGUCUAGAAACAUCCUCUCCCGGCCGUGGAGCUCGGGUUCCGUGCAGUCCUCCUCCUUGUCCCCAUAGUCCAUCCGCUAUGCUCAGCAGCGACCUCAACGUUGAGACCAUGAGACAGGCCCUGCGCCGGACCGGCAGCGGAGACCUGGGCUCCAUGAGACAUCCUCCCCUAAGCGCUGCUGCAAGUGACACCGCCUAUGAACGACCGUUUAAGUGA